ACUGCGGGAGUGUGUGUGUGUGGUGUGUGUGUGUGUGCGUGCGUGCGUGUGUGCGCGCGCGCGGGUGUGUGGACAAGGAGGUGGGGGCAGCCGAGUUAAGAGUCCUAACUCCUUGGACUCCAUUUGCUAUUCUUUUCUUUCUCCUCUACACCUAUUUGGUGGUUGUGGGCGUUUGUAUUUUGCUUUUCUUUUCAUUCAUUUCCAGAUCUUAAAAAUAAAUUUUUUUAGGGUUGGGGGUAGUGGAAAAGGGGGUGAAGGAGGAGAGUAGCAGCAGAAAAGCAGGAGGACAUGGAGAUGAAGAAGAGGAUUAGUCUGGAGUUACGGAACAGAGCCCCGGAGGAGGUAACAGAGUUAGUCCUUGAUAAUUGCCUGUGUGUCAAUGGGGAAAUUGAAGGCCUGAAUGACACUUUUAAAGAACUAGAGUUUCUGAGUAUGGCUAAUGUGAAAUUAAGUUCACUGGCCCGGCUCCCUAGCUUGAAUAAACUUCGAAAGUUGGAACUUGGUGACAAUAUAAUUUCUGGAGGUUUGGAAGUCCUGGCAGAGAAAUGUCCAAAUCUUACCUACCUCAAUCUGAGCGGAAACAAAAUCAAAGACCUCAGUACUGUGGAAGCUCUGCAAAAUCUUAAAAAUUUGAAAAGUCUUGACUUGUUCAACUGUGAGAUCACAAACCUGGAAGAUUACAGAGAAAGUAUUUUUGAGCUGUUGCAGCAAAUCACAUACUUAGAUGGAUUUGAUCAGGAGGAUAACGAAGCACCAGACUCGGAAGAGGAAGAUGAUGAGGAUGAAGAUGAAGAUGAAGAUGAAACUGGUCUACUUGAAGGAUAUGAGGAGGAGGAGGAGGAAGAAGAAGAAGAGGAAGAUGAAGAUGAAGCAGAUUCAGAAUUGGGAGAAGGAGAAGAGGAAGUGGGCCUUUCAUACUUAAUGAAAGAAGAAAUUCAGGAUGAAGAAGAUGAUGAUGACUAUGUUGAAGAAGGGGAAGAAGAGGAGGAAGAAGAAGAAGGCCUUCGUGGAGAGAAGAGAAAACGAGAUGCUGAGGAUGAUGGAGAAGAAGAAGGUGACUAGAUCAUUCUCAGAUUCAAUUUCCUAGAUCUCCUGGGUGUGCAACAGAGUGAUCACAUCUUCUUUCUUUUUCAUGUAUGAUAGCUCUCCCUACCAGAAGAUAAUCUGUAACUUUUUUAUAGGAGAAGUGUGGUUUUACUAU